AUGGUCAAAGUUCUCGUCAUCGGCGCCUCUGGCUACAUCGGCUUUCGCCUCUCGCAGCAGCUGCGCCGCAACAAUCACAUCGUCUAUGGCACUGCUCGUAGUGCCGCCAAGGAAAACCUUCUUCAAAUCAACGAGAUCAUCCCCAUCGUCGGAAGCAUUGAGGCCGAGCUCCAUCAGGCCGUGCCCUGGCUCGAAGCCGUCAGGACCGAGAAUAUCGAAGUCGUUAUCGACCUUUCCGGCAUCCAAACCUCUGUCAAGACCGUUCUCGAACCUCUCAUUCGUCUUUCCAAGGAGCGUCAGUCUAGACACCUGCCCAAGAUUGGCUUCAUUUACUGCUCGGGUGUAUGGGUCCAUGGUUCCAGCACCAGCCCGACCAGCGAUCUCGCACCUGCAGGUCUCAAGGCCUCAGCGCACCAGCCCCCACAGUUGGUUGUAUGGCGACCAGAAGUCGAGCACCAGGUUCUGGCUUCAUAUAAUCACCUCAACGCUGCUGUGAUCCGUCCUGCUAUGGUCUAUGGAGGCACUAGCGAUAUAUGGGGCCUUUAUUUCGCGCAGAUCUAUCAAAGUAUUCAGAACAACACUCCCAUUUCGCUUCAAGCAGACCCCACCGCCGCAUUGUCGCUAAUUCAUGUGGACGAUACCGCUUCCGCAUUCGUGGCUGCCGUCGAGAAACUGGAGCUGAUCGCCGGACGCAAGGACCAAUACCCAGUGUUUGAUUUGGCGACUUCACAUGAGAGCCUGGCCUUUAUCUUGACGAGGUUUGCACAGGAGCUGGGCUACAAGGGCAAGGUAGAAUUGACAGGUGUGCCUGAGGGAGAUUCAAUGCCGCAGUUGUUCAUCCAGGCCUUCAAUACAAGCAUCAACGAGAGCAGCACAAGGGCACGGUCGCUUCUCGCAUGGACUCCCACAAAGACAGGGAUGGCCGCGGGGAUGCACAUCUACGCCAAGUCGUGGCUCGGAGGUUAUCUUGAGAAGCAGAAGGCAUCCAAGUGA